GAUGCCCGAAAAAUGUCAUGUAAAGGGUUUAACCAGGCCGCCACACAUUAGUACUCAGUAUAUAGGAUCUUAAUAAUAGAUCAGUGACAAAUCACUUGGCAUUUCCGUUUAGUUAGGUAGUUAGUUUAGUAACACUUACACUUAACACUAGUACUUAAAGAUGUUUAUUUACAGCUUAAGCCCUUCAUGACAAAUGACGUAAACUUACACUAUUUUUCUUAUUUACAUCUGAUUUUAGGACAUCACGAGAAGUAACUCUGUAGAGUAGCUCAGUGUUGUGUACUACUGCUAAACUGGAGGCUAUACACUUACGUGUAAUUACUUGUUAGCGUCACGGCACAAAAAAAUGAAUAAAGAUAGAAAUACUCCUAGGCUGGUGUCUUGGCUGAUGAACUGCAUUUAAUAUCUGCGAGGUAAACUGGGUACAUUUCAUUUUGGCUGAACCAUAUCUUUAAAGGGAGGAGCUGUUUCGUGUGAAAGCAGAUGUGCACACGCUCGCAUACACACACUGAACAUCUGACUCUCGCGCUCUGAGGCUCGGGGUGUCUCUUCCUCUCCGUCACUGCGAGAUGUUCAGUGUUUUAUAGUGUCUGAUUCUGGGUCAGUGGAAUCGUCGUGGUGAGUACAGAGAAGGUGCAAUGCGGCUGCAUGUGAGCUGGAUGGUGCUGCUGCUCGGGCUGCAGUGUGCUUGGGCUCAGCAGGACGAUUACGAAGAAGACUAUGAUGAAGAAGAACAGGAAGAGAGGAACAGCAGGAGAAAAGCCAAAAGCAAACUGAUCACAUCGAACCUCGCACCGAAAAACAACGCUCCGUCACUCACAAAUGAGGACUGCAGCCUUGAGCUGGCAUUUUUGCUGGACAGCUCCGAAAGUGCCAAGGACAACCACGGCCAAGAGAAACGCUUAGUCACUGAAGUGGUCGAGCGCAUAGAGAACAUGCGCCUCCAGAGUGGGCGCAGCCUGAGUUUUAGAUCUGCACUCCUUCAAUACAGCAGCCAUGUGAUACCUGAGCAGACCUUCAACCAGUGGAGGGGCGUGGCCAACUUCAAAACCAACAUCGCUCCCAUUCCCUACAUCGGGCAAGGCACGUACGUGACGUACGCCAUCACAAACCUCACACACCUCUACCUGAACGAAUCAGGAACUGGGAGUGUCAAAGUGGCUGUGCUGCUCUAUGAUGGAGAGUCCCAUCCAAAAAAUCCAGACUUAUUUUCUGCUGUGGCUGAUGCCAAGAACCAAGGGGUUCGAUUUUUUGCCAUCGGUGUCACACCCGCUGCCAGAGAGACCUCCAAAAUGGCACAGCUGAGGGUGCUGGCCAGUUCUCCACCAACCCGCUAUUUACACAACCUGCAGGAUAAAGACAUCGUAAAGAAGAUCAUUAAAGAGCUGACGGCGUUGGCAGAUGAGGCGUGUCCGUCGGAAAAGAAAUGUGUGUGUGAGAAAGGAGAGAGAGGACCAAGUGGGCCAGCUGGCAAAAGGGGUCGACCAGGGGACGAUGGAAGCCCGGGGCCGAAAGGUCAGAAGGGUGAGAGCGGAUAUCCAGGCCUGCCAGGGCAAAUUGGCUCCGAGGGCAAACCAGGAAGUAGAGGAGAAAAGGGAGGGAGAGGAGAAUGCGGGAUGCCUGGUGUCAAAGGAGACAGAGGUCCUGAAGGUCCUGUGGGCAUCAGUGGAAUCAGAGGAGUGCAGGGUUUGCCUGGACCUAAUGGCGACACUGGACCCCAGGGACCACCAGGACACAAAGGAGAGAGGGGCUUUCCUGGACCACCUGGACUUCAGGGUGAAACUGGAAUAGGUAUUGCUGGACCAAAGGGUGAGAUGGGACUUCAGGGCAGAGCUGGACCUCCUGGACCUCCAGGACUCGGAGAACCUGGCCUACCAGGUCCUCAGGGGCCACAGGGAGUGCAGGGAGAGAAAGGACCUCCAGGAGAAGGAUUACCUGGGCCAAAGGGAGAGAGAGGACCAGAGGGCCCGAAGGGGCCGAGAGGACCAGUUGGACCUGGAAUUAAAGGAGACAAGGGUGAUUAUGGACCUUCUGGGUUACCUGGACCGACUGGGCUUCCUGGAUUAGGUGUACAAGGAGAAAAGGGAGUUGAGGGACCACGUGGACCCCCAGGAUUCAGAGGCCCACCAGGAGAAGGUUAUCCAGGACCAAAGGGUGAUCACGGAUUACCGGGAGAAGUCGGAGCACCAGGAGUAAGUGGAGUUGGAGAACCAGGACCGAAGGGUGAACCAGGGGCUCCGGGGUUAUCCGGGUUACCGGGGUUACCUGGAGAGGACGGCGCUCCUGGUCAAAAGGGGGAGCCUGGUGUUCCAGGUUCGAGAGGGCCGGAUGGAGUGCCAGGUGUUGGAACACAGGGAGAAAAGGGAGAUCAGGGCCAGAGAGGAGUGCGUGGAUUAGCAGGACCUCCGGGAACCACAGGACCAUCAGGAGCAAAGGGUGAACCAGGUUCACCGGGACGUCUUGGCUUACCAGGACCUCCAGGACGUGCAGUAAUUGGAGCGAAGGGUGAUGCAGGUCCACCAGGUCCUCCAGGACUAUUGGGGGAGACAGGACAUGGACUUCCUGGACCAAAGGGUGAUCGUGGAGAUGUGGGUCCUCCUGGUCCAUUUGGGCCGAUGGGAGAUGGCUACCCUGGUCCCCCGGGUCCACCCGGGCUUCCCGGGCUUCCUGGAGAGCCUGGUCCAGAGGGUUUUGGUCUCCCGGGACCAAAGGGUGAUAUUGGGUUUAGAGGUUUGCCAGGACCACCUGGACCACAAGGAGAGGGACUGCAAGGACCACCGGGCAACACAGGAAGACCGGGACCUAUUGGUCCACCAGGACCCCCAGGGCAGGGGAUACAAGGGCCGAAGGGUGAGUUUGGAGCUCAGGGCUUGGUUGGGCCAAGAGGACCACCCGGAGAAGGUCUCCCAGGGUCAAAGGGUGAUCGUGGUGCUCAAGGGGAUAGAGGCCAGAAAGGGGUCAAAGGUGACAGUGGGGAUCCUGGACCAUCAGGCCAGCCAGGCCGACAGGGAGUGAAAGGAGAGUCAGGUCUGACGCGAGAAGACAUUAUCAGAAUGGUACGAGAAAUAUGCGGAUGCGGGAUUAAAUGUAAAGAGCGUCCAAUGGAGCUGGUGUUCGUGAUUGACAGCUCGGAGAGUGUUGGCCCUGAGAACUUUGAGAUUGUGAAGGACUUUGUGACGGCACUGGUAGAGCGAGUGACGGUAGGAAACGGUGCCACACGAGUCGGCCUCGUGCUCUACAGCCUGGAGGCUCGAUUGGAGUUCGACCUCGCCAGAUACGCCGUGAAGCGUGACGUCAAACAUGCCGUGCGCAGGAUGACCUACAUGGGUGAGGGCACUUACACAGGCACGGCCAUCCGCAAAGCCACACGUGAGGCCUUCCGCAGCGCUCGUUCCGGGGUCGCCAAGGUCAUCGUGGUCAUCACAGAUGGACAAACGGACGAGCGUGACUCUGUUAAGCUGGAAAUCGCAGUACGGGAGGCGCACGCUGCUAACAUUGAGAUGUUUGCUCUGGGCAUUGUUAAUGCCAGUGAUCCGGCACAGGCCGAGUUUCUCCGGGAGCUUGAUCUCAUCGCCUCGGACCCUGAUAGCGAGCAUGUCUUUCAGAUAGAUGACUUUAACACCCUACCAGCUCUGGAAUCCAAACUGGUCAGCCAGUUCUGUGAGGAUGCGAAUGGCGACAUCUUCAACCGCAUUAACGGCAAUGGAUACAAUAACCAUCUCAAUCGCAUCAAUGGUCUCCUGUACGAGUUUGAUAACAGUGGAAACCGCAUCAGCAAUGGUGGAUAUUAUCACGGAAACAAUGUAGACCCAACACACACAAGGACACACUCUGAAACACAUUCUGGAACGCACUCUGGGACUUAUACACACACUGGGACACACACCGGUACUCACGGUGGGGGACACACCGGUACUCACAGUGGAACACACACCGGUACUCACAGUGGGGGACACACCGGUACUCACAGUGGGACACACACUGGUACUCACAGUGGGGGGGACACUGGUAUUCACAGUGGGACACACACCGGUACUCACAGUGGAACACACACCGGUACUCACAGUGGGACACACACCGGUACUGACAGUGGGACACACACCGGUACUCACAGUGGGACACACACCGGUACUCACAGUGGGACACACACCGGUACUCACAGUGGGACACACACCGUCUCAGUCAGUCAUGGAGGUGGAAGAGGGGACAGUCUUCCAGUACCUGUCACUCCAGGGGUACCUCACACCAUAGAUAUUCACACACAUGGCAGCUCAGAGCACAGCAACAGGGGAGAUGUUCCAUCACACAACAGACCAUCUACACAUGGCAGACCUUCGUCAUCGUCAUCAACUGUCAUCACGUCAUCCACUUCGGUGCAUUAUGUCCCUGCCCCACGACUUCCUUUACCUAAAGAAAUUGUGCCUCUGGACCCGCGCUGUGAGCUGAUCCUGGAUCAGGGUACGUGUCGUGAUUAUAACAUCCGCUGGUACUAUGACCGCACCGCCAAUGCAUGUGCGCAGUUCUGGUAUGGAGGUUGUCACGGCAACCGCAAUCGCUUUGACACCGAGGACGAGUGCAAGAAGACCUGUGUGAUCCCACGAACAGGAUGAGGACCAUUGAGGAUGCUGAUGCCAUGACAUUGACCUUUAUUGACUGUUAUAAAUAUCUGCAAUACCUCAUCUGUGUAAAUGGCUUAAAUAGGUUUCCUUUUUCAAAGCUCCACAGCAGUGAUUUGUCCUGUAAAUACUUUAUAUCCUUAAGUACUGGACUUACUGUAUUAAACUGUUUUUACUGCAGCACCUGUAAAUAGAGGUCAGGUGUACCAUCAGAGUGACCCAUCAGAACUAUGUUUAUUGCAUCAAAAAUCAAUCGAAAAUUUUAUUUGGUUGACAAUUAUUGUUUAAAGCGCACCUAUUAUGGGUUUGAAACGUGCCUAAUUUUGUUUUAAAGGUCUCAUACGAUAGAUUUACACGCAUCCGAGGUCAAAAAACACUUUAACGUGCUCAUCAUUUAAACUGCAGCGUUACCUUUUUUUCCCCCAGUGUCACAAACGACUCAUUCAAUGAUCCGUUCUAAAUGAUUCAUUCUAAACUCUUCCUCUCAGAGAGCAUACUCUGCUCUGAUUGGUCAGACAUCCCAGUCUGUCGUGAUUGGUCUACCGCUGUCAGCGUGCAGGUGAUGAAGACCAGAGGCGGGGCUUCUUGUUAUAAACCUACGUAGGUUUGUACAGGAAGUAAAGUCUGGAAUCACUAGCGAGUCGUUUCAGCCGUUCAGAAUCGAUUCCUUCUUUUGGGAGUCGAUAACGCCGUUGGUCGUGCGCGUCGAUAUUUGAAACUUUGCAGACUUUUUACAUUCACAAACAGCUACGUAUAUAACACACUACAUGAAAGGGAAUAUUUGAAAAAAGCAUAAUAGGUGCACGUUAAGACUUUUUAUUUUUAUUUUUUCAACUUGUAGCACAGCGUUGUGCUACAAGGAUUCUCGAUUCUGAUUGGUCAGAAGGUCAAUCACAGGUUUAGAUGAACGCGCUCGGUCUGAUACAUUCCUAUGUCGUUUCUAUAUCACACAGGGACUUGUAUGGUAUACGCUACACAUAGACAGAUUUUUUUUUUUUUAAACGGCGAAGAAUGUGCUGUUAUUUAACAAAGAACAAUGUUUCAUCAGUUAUAUAGUUUUCUGUGAGGAGACGUUUAUUUUACCGUUUAUGGAAGGAGUCUCCAGUGUGAGUGACACUUUGUAAUAGUUAGAGGUAAAGCUGUAAAUUUAGGUUUUUUGCCAUGGGAAGGUCUUCAGGAAAGAAGAAGAAGAAGUUGUAGCUUACAGUAUAAGAGGAAUAAAACGCUUUGGAUUGUGCUGUUAUAAGAAAAUUUUCAAAUUUGGGGUGAACUUCAUCACUCAUACUGUUGCUUAUUAUUAUUAUUAUUAUUAUUAUUAUUAUUAUUAUUAACAGGCCACAAGUGUUUCUAUUCCUUACAUAAGUAGUAUAUUAAGUUGGUAUGUGUUAUCUGUUAUUGUCACGGCUUGCGGUCAAAAAGGACACUGAUUUAAGACUGGUGAAGACUGAUGGAAUUUUGGAAAUAUCUAACUUGAUAAAAAUGUUAAUGGUGUGUGUUAACUGACUCGGAUGUCUGGAUUUUUGCGAAACGACAGGGAUAUUUAUAGUUCUUCUGUUUAAUGCAUUACGGCCUGUGUGUUAUGAUCGUUAGAAUAGCUGUGAACAAGCCGUGUUUCAUAAUCAGCACUGCCAAUGUAACAUCUAACUUCCACAUAUGUGUUUAAGCUAUACUUUUUUUUUAUUUUAUUUUAUUUUUUUGUCAAUAUGCCUUUAAUGUUGUUUGUAAUAUUCUAGUUUCACGCAGCAAACUUUUGUAAUAAAAAGGUUUACAAUCUUUAUCCUGAUCCUGAUCAUUGUUGUCGUUUGUCAGCAUGUACUGUCCAGUGUUUUUUUUUUAUUUUUUUUUUUUAUUUUUUAGUUCCAAUGAGAAACAAUAGUGCUUUAUAUUUAAUUUCUAAAUUAUAUAUAGGCUAACUCUACUCGCUAUGUGAACUAACCAGAGGUGUCAGAGAUCUCUGCUACUUCCGUCCAAGCUUUAUUUAUUUGUAUAUGUCUCUAUACACGUUUAAGGAGGGGUCGUGUAUGAGAGAAUGACAUGAAAACACAGUUAUACGUUUCCUUCGAUUUGUACACAGUCAAUGGGAAGUAAUUGCACGGAGGAAGUAGUGAGUGUGAAUGAAUGGUCGAUAAUGCGAUUAAAGUAGGAGUACGCCACACGUCUUAAUUCGAUUUGACUUUAUUCGGAUUAAGGUCAUCAAUAAUCGCUGUUUACAUGGAAGUUUCUUAAUCAGAGUAUCGUCUUAAUCGGGUUCAUAUCGGAUUAUUGUCGUCCAUGUAAACGAACUGAUUA